AUAAAUCUAGUUUUCAUCUUAAGAAUCUCUCUAAAUCUUUAAGUCAGUCGAAGCCUUGGAUGACGACGCUAAACCUCUUUUCGAGCUCGUGCUUCACCUCACGGCGAUCGCACCUCGAUAGCGCUUCCUAUCGCACUCUUGUCCGCAUCUUCUCCCUUUGUGGCGGAGGAUCCCUAGAUUCAUCAAACCCUAACCCUAAUAUCGAUGGAAACCCUAACUCAGCAGCAGAAGAGUUCGUGCGUCAGCCGAGCACUAAGAAAGAUUCGGUUCCUCGAGAAUCAGGCGAUGGUAAUUGUCAAUUGGCUGAAGAAUCUGGGGAUGGCAAGAGGAGGAAUGACGAGGGGGGAGGAAUUGAGAAAGGUGUCAUGAACGAUUGUGCAAAACUCUUUGAUGCGCCGGAGCAAGACGAGUUUGAUGCUUCAGGGAAUAAAAAAUUUGAGAAUUUUGAGAAGACUGCAAUUGUUGAAACCCAGGAUGGGAGUUUUGGAUUUAAGAAACAAGAAAAACUAGGAAUAGAACGAGAAAAAGACGUUAGUUCUCAGGAAGUAGAGGAUCCUGAUGAAUGUUUUAAUGGGGAAAGUGUUGAGAGAAAGAGGGAAAUAGGCGAAGGAACACAACCAGAAGCACGGACCACUGCUGAUCCUCUAAUCGAAUGUUUUGGGGUAAGACACGUUAAUGCUGAUGAGAUCAAUGAUGAAGAUUUCGAGGAAGGCGAAAUCCCUAAUGAUUUUGAGAAGCCUAAUGAAUCGGUGGACUUGAUGCAUGAACCUGCACCUUACGAGGAUAAGAAGCUAGAAGAGGGGUCAGUAUGUGAGGGUUUUGAUAAAAAUCAAAGUUUGAGUUAUACAAUGCCUACUUUUUCUGCGCUGAAUCUUACUGAGGGGCAUUAUGAUCAGGGGCUUAAUGCAUUUGGUGAUAAUAACUGUUUGGAACCUGAACACAAGAAAAGCUUCAGGUAUACAGAUGAUGAUGUCAAGCAGAGAGCCGGUGUUCCUGAUACAUUAGUUUUGUCUACAAACAAGGAAAAAGAAAAUCCAUCCAGGGCUGAGGUUGCUGAAGUUCAGUUCAAGAAAAAACGUCCUGUCCUGACUGAGGAAAGAAAAGUUACAAAAAAGAAAUCCAAGAGAAGGAAAAGAGCACAGAAAGAAAGAGAACAAGGUGUCAAGAGAUUGAAAUUGCUACCAGUAGUGAAACCAAAAGAAGUGAAAUAUUGCAACUUCUAUCUCGCGGGGAGAUGCCAGCAGGGAGAAGCGUGCAAAUUUUCCCAUGAUACUACUCCCUUGACAAAAUCCCAGCCUUGUAAGUACCUGGCAACUGAUUCUUGCUUGAAAGGCGAUGACUGUCCAUUUGACCACGAGCUCUCAAAGUAUCCUUGCCAUAACUACAUGUCCAAAGGCAUGUGUAUCAGAGGAGAGAGGUGCAAUUUUUCACACAAGAUGCCGAUGACCGAAGGUUCAUCUCCAGUAUCAGUAAAAGGUAAAGCCGCAGAUCCUUCGAGCUUGGUAAGCCAGCCCAAAAGUAGCACAGCUUGGAGCUCACAACUGAAUAUUAAAAAACUCUCAGCAGGGAACUUGGUGGAUAAUGCAAAGUUACCUACUCCAAUAUCUCCUCAAUUGAUUAUGAAAAAACCCUUAACAGAGAACUCGGUAAAUAAUCUAAAGUUAUCGACUACGAUAUCUCCUCCUCCUCCUGGUAUACGAUUUGUUUCGUUUGGAAAAGGGCCAUCAGAGAGUGGUGGCAAUAAGCCGAAGGGCAAUUGGCAGCAGCAUAAGAAAGAGAAGUUGCUAGCAGCGGCGCAUAAUAUUUUGAGUUCACAGCACAAGUCAUUUCCUGCAGCAGCUCAAAGUGGUACGGAAGCAAACACCAAUGCUUGUAAAAACAAAUCAGAUGAUGGAAGCCUCCAAACUGAAGUUUCAGAGGCUUCAAAACUUCUUGAGGAGUUUUUGUUUUGUAGUUAGAAAUUUAUUCGAAAAUUAAGAAAAUAUAUUUGAAGGGUUCUGCUCUGAAACGAGUGAUAGGCCAAAAUACUGUACUUAAUCCAAACCAGCCCUUAUUGCUUGCGUAAAUGUAAAGCUAUCCCAAGCUUCUCAUAUUGCUAUUCA